UGGAAACAGCCGUAGGAAACAAAAUGAACCAGGCCCAGAGCAUGCUGAUCCAUGGGCUCACCAGAACAAAGCAUGUAGCCAAUGCAGCUCUCAUCAGAAUCAAUGAUGGAAAAGUCUUGGCGUCCACUCCUGGCUUUGGUGUCCACUCGCACACCCAGUUCUUCAUCGAUGCUUUCUACAAGAAUUUGCUCCACAUAAGGAGAAACGGGCUUUAUUUCAAAGACCGGGAUUACCAGUGUGUCCGGGCCGAUGAAUGCGCUAUCUACGCAAAAGGCAAAGAUAACGGGCUGGUGGCUGUGAAGACAAAAUCCUUCAUCUUGAUCGCUACAUACACCCAGGGCAUGUACCCCAGCGUGUGCGUGGAAGCUGUCGAGAAACUGGCAGGCUACUUCAGAGAGAAGGGAAACUGAGACCAGUAAGAAAAAAAGAAUCUAAGAUUUAAGGCAAAAGGGAGAUAAAAAGAUCUCCAGCAGGACUUAACGCUCAUCAGCCCAAAAGGGAGAUGGGGGGGGCGGGGGACAUGGCAUCUGGUAGGAGGCUGAGGUUGCAGCUUGCUGAUAAGAAGAUAAGUUCAUAACUUUGGGAGUGCUUUCAUUUUACCAAGAUCUCAAGCAGAGCCAAAACGCGACAUGCACUUCCUUGUGACUCUCCUUUCUCCAAAAAACGGGCUGAAAAGGCUGAUGGAUCCUGCCUUUUCCAAAAACAUUUCAAAAUGUUUCCAGUUAUCAUCCUUUUCUGGUUAAAAAAAAAUUAAAUGAACA